AUGGCAACUCUAAGGUUACCACCUUUACCAAGUAUGAAAGAUUUGUUAAGAAUGUAUAGAUUGCAUGCAAUGAAACAGCUUUCUCAAAACUUUAUCUUAGAUCAAAAUUUGUCAGAUAAAAUAAUAAGAAAAACAGGAAAUCUCUCUGAUUGUCAUGUAUUAGAAGUUGGUCCUGGUCCUGGUGGAUUAACUCGAUCUAUUUUAAAGCAUCAACCAAAUAAAGUAAUUGUUGUGGAAAAAGACAAAAGAUUUGAGCCGACGUUAGAAAUGUUGGCAGAUGCUUUUGCAGCAGUUAAUGGUAACAUGGAAAUUAUUUUUGAUGAUAUAAUGAGAUUUAACAUGACUAAUGUUCUCCCACGAACUGAAACAAAAGCUUGGACAGAUAAAAGUCCAAGGAUUAGAUUAAUUGGUAAUUUACCAUUUAAUAUAUCAACGCCUUUGAUAAUAAAGUGGCUACAUGCAGUUUGUGAAAAAACUGGUCCUUGGGAAUUUGGAAGAACUAGAAUGACAUUAACAUUUCAAAAAGAAGUUGCUGAACGAUUAGUAGCUCAACCAUCAGAUUCACAAAGAUGUAGAUUAUCUGUAAUGGCACAAGCUUGGACAAAACCAAUAUUACAUUUUAUUAUACCAGGUAGUUCCUUUGUUCCUAAACCGAACGUUGAUGUUGGUGUUGUAACAUUUAUACCUUUAACUAUUCCACGUACAAAACACGAAUUUACAAUUUUUGAGAAAGUUACACGACACAUUUUUAGUUUUCGUCAAAAAUACAGUGUACGAGGUAUUGAAACAUUAUUUCCUCUAGAAUAUCGGAAGGAAUUCGGACAAAUGAUGUAUAAACUUUCUGAUUUGGAUCCACAAACAAGACCAAUGCAGCUUACAGUAGAGGAUAUUGAUAAACUUGUUAGUGCAUAUAAAUAUUUAUUAGAAAAGCACCCAGAAAUAAGUUUUUAUGAAUAUCGUGCAUCACGCCGCAUAGUAUCAUUAUCUGAUACAAAGGAUAUAGAAGUCGUGGAAUGUACAGACUAAAAUUUGUCUUGAAAUCUUGUAAAAUAAACAUAAAUAACCAUAA